AUGGAAAUAAACAAAAGACCACACCAGACACUAUACGAACAACACAAAACUAUUUCAAUGAUUGUGACUGUAGCUAUUUUCGUUUCAGUCUUAUUGUCGUUUGCGUUUGCUUUUUUUAUCCCAGUUAAAACGGUUCAAAUUGGGACUAUCAGUACUACACCACAAAACACGUUUAAAAGGAACAUCAAUAUCACACAAAUUAAACCUUUUUAUUCGUUCGUCGACGUGUACUUGAAAGUGAACAAAAUUGGCACAACAACAGAGAAAAUUACAACCUCAAGCCAAGUGUUUUCCACAAACAACAAACUUUUGAUUGAAAAAGAAAACGAGUUUAACACAAGUUGUACGUCAGGAUAUUGUGAGAAGGUUUUAGUAGUGUCUGUCAACCCGUUAAGAGAGAAAGCCAUCAACAUUGAAGUUUCAAUACAAACAGAGAGUAAAUUUGGUGUACUCGAAUUUAUCAUCGAAUAUAAGUCGUUUUGGUACGUGUUAUUCACAAAUGUGCUUCACUUUUUGGCGAUGGGAAUUGAGGUUGUUGGGAUUACAUUUUUGUUGUUUAAAUGGAGGAAAACACCAAUGAGGGAGUGGUACUUUGAGCACAUUUACAUCAUCGUUGUCUUAUUCUUCGCACUACUGUUCGACUCCACUUAUUCAUUCUUGUAUUUGUAUCAAAGCUCAUACAUUCUUUGGGCGUUGGAAACGCUUCAGAGUCUCUUUUUGUUUGCACUCUUUUUGUACUACAUCAUAUUGCUCAUAUGUAUGAGCUUCAAGUACAUACCACACAGAGGUGCCAUACUGUUGGCUAUUGGAGUUGGACUCGGGCAGUUUUGUUGCAUGGUUGCUGUGUUGUUGUUAAACAACAUCGAAAAUAUGAAGAACUACACAACAUUCCAUCAACCAAUCGAAGCGUAUGUGUUAAUAUGUGCACUAUCUUUUGUGAAUGUGAUGUAUUGUGGAGCGACGUGCUUCUUUACGUAUUUCAUAUUGAGACAUACCAUGGAAGUUAAACAAUUUGUCAUUCAUGUAAUCUUCACAAUAACAAUUGCCUUGAUUGUUGGGUUAACGACUUAUGAUUAUUACUACAUGACCAUUGUCCCUGUUGUGGAUUUUAAUUUGACAACGUCAAUCUCUUGCUUCGUUCUGUUGGUCGGGAUGUUUGUAAUUACGUAUGGGUCCUACAACAAAGAAAAUAACACCUACAACCAGGUUGAAACUGAAAUCCCACUUGAAGACAACCACGAGGUUGUUAUCUACGACAGAAAGUCCCUCGAACUUGCAAGAACCAUUGACGAAAGGAGUGAGAAACCACAAAAAACGUUAGACCCAACUCCACUUCAAAGGAUCGACGAAGAUGAGCCAAUGAAUUUGGACGACACACAGAACCCCCUCUCUGAUACUGCUAUUGUUUUGUGA